GGACAGAAGUGUUUCCUGUUAGCAAGAUGACAGCCGAUAUUUUAAAAUGACAGCAGUUAAAUAGUUUUAGGGAUGGGGCUCUUUGGUCCUGCGGAGCUGGUCUCAGGUCUGUGUCGUACAGACGAGCAGAACCCCUUCCCCGUGUUUCAGGAUGGAAACAUCAGCCCCUGCUUCAACCAACUGGUCUUGGGAGCGCUGCCUCAUGCAGGGAUGGCCAUUUUCAGCGCCUGCUACCUCAGCAUGCAGAGACACGCCCCCCCUCAGACGCCGGCUCCCUGCAGCUGGACCCUACGGUGUUUCUCUGCUCUUCUGGUGGCGCUUCUCUUCUCUUCAGAUCUGCUCCUGGUGGUCCUCCUGCAGCGGGACCUCCUCCUCUUGGACCUCCUCUCUGACGGCUGCUCCAUCCUGGCCUGGCUGGUGCACUUCAGUGCCCUGAUGGUGCUCCAGAGGACCUCUUUCAGGAGAACCAGAGGACCUCCACUGCUGCUCCUGCUGGUCCUUCUCUCCAUCCCAAACCUGGUCGUCACCUUGAUCAAUUCCUGUGACAAUCGGGAGUAUCUAAACCUCUCGGAGCCUCUUGUAUUUGCACGUUUUGUUCUCGUUUCCGCCCGGACGCUGCCUCUUCUGGUUUAUCUUUUGGCGUUUGCUUUCCCCUGCAUCAGUGAGGCUGGAUACUCUUUGAAUAUCAACGCUGACGAUGGAUCCCCUCUCAUCACGGAGGAUAACGAGCAGGAUACGGGUGAGUUGGGUUUUUCUACGAUCUAA